UGUCCAGAGGUUAGAGGGCAGGAACAGACUCUCAGAAAGCACAUUAGUUAGUCAUUAACACAAUUUAAACAGAACAUCCACCAUCUCUGCUCUUUAUUUUUCAGCAUAUCUUCUGUGAGAAAGAAACACACAGUGUGUUUGUCAGAUCUGCUAUCUAUGACCAUGGCAAGAACUUUCCUCUGCUUUGCGUUGAUUUUCCUCUGGGCUGCUUCUGCUGUCUGUAUGUCAGUGUAUGGAUCAGUUUUUUACAGCAGUCCAAAGGCGCACAUGCUCCUGCGCUCCAGAAGGGCCAAUUCCAUUCUGGAGGAGCUGAAGUCUCCAUCUUUGGAGCGAGAGUGUAUAGAAGAGCGGUGUAACUUUGAAGAGGCUAAAGAGAUCUACCGGACCAAAGAGGCCACAUUAAGGUUCUGGACCAUUUAUGAAGAUAGCAUACAGAGGAACUGCUCGGUGGACAACGGAGGCUGUGAUCACAACUGCCAUGAGAGGAAAGACAAGAUAGGACGCUACUGCAGCUGUAUUAAUGGAUACACACUCAAUGAAGACUUCAAACAGUGUGCUCCAAAAAAUCAGCAGUCUUGUGGACAGAUUUUGAUCCCUAAGUCGUCCUACAGAACAAAGCCCAUUGAAGGUCUACAACCUUGGCUCAUUGGUGGUGAAGUUGGCAAAAGGGGAGAGAGUCCUUGGCAGGCUCUUAUCUUAAAUUCCAAAGGACAAUUUCACUGCGGAGGUGUCUUGAUUGAUGAAGUGUGGGUUCUCACUGCUGCUCACUGUCUUGAGGGAUUCAUCCGCUUCGGUGUCAGACUGGGUGACUACAAACGUUUCGAGUUCGAAGGAUCCGAGGUCACCCGUUCUGUGGUGAAAAUUGUCCUCCACCCAAAAUACAAUAGCCUGAAGGCAGACAAUGACAUAGCUCUGCUGCGUUUGUCAUCGCCCGUAACAUUCAGCACGUACAUCGUCCCUGCCUGUCUGCCGAGUCAAGACCUGGCCGAGCGUGUGCUCCACCUCAACGGCACCACGAUGGUGGUGACAGGCUGGGGCAUGGAUAAAGAAGGGACAGCGUCAUACAGCUCAGAUCUCAAACACAUCAGUGUGCCACUGUUGGAGCGAUCCGAGUGUGCACGCCACAUGGUCACCAACCUGACGGAGAACAUGCUGUGUGCCGGCAGCAUUGGGAGCAUCAAGGACGCGUGCCGUGGUGACAGCGGCGGCCCCAUGAUGACGCUAUAUCGCAACACGUGGUUCCUCAUCGGCCUCGUAUCCUGGGGCGAGGGCUGUGGCCGCACGGACAAACUGGGGAUCUACACCAAAGUCUCCAAUUACCUGGAGUGGAUUGAUACUGUGAAAAAGCAGCUGUAGUCAAAUCCCAUUGUUCCAACUCUGUUCUGCCUAUCGUUCAAAAUUUAGUUUGCUCAAUUAUUUCUGAACAAACCCUCAAACUAUAAAAUCAAAUCAAAUCAUCAUCAUUACUGUGCACAAAGUUAAUUAUGCAGUGCACUAUUAAGUAUGAAAGCCCUUUGAAAGUACGAUGACCAGAGUUGCAUAGCUUACUGAGGAAAUAUAAUCUGGUAUUGAUUACAGAUAAAUUGGAUAAACAUAUUAAACAAGGCUGUGGUUCAUUCUGAAGUAACCAUGACUACGCCCUAGUCCCUUUGAAGGCUCCAUUCUUCACAGUGAGAACUCUGAGUGAGACUGAAGUGUCCCCUCUUUAAGGGUCCAAAUUGCCCUGUGGAAUACACCUGUAUGUUGUUUUAUAAAACUGUAUCGCAGGUUAGUAAGUAAUGAGUAAAAUGCUUGGUUAUGUGCUGUUAUAAUAAAUAAAAUAAUAAAAGAUGGGGUGGUGUGAUACAGUGGAUGCUGUUACCAUCCAGAAGUUGAUUAUUUUCCAAUAACAGCAUAUUUUAUUUUUUAUUCCUCUUACACCACAGCAAGUUCCCAAUGCAAUCAUUUUUUAUAUAUAUAUAAUAAAGAAUGACACAUCAUACAUUUGAUCCUUUUAUAGAUACAUUUAUUGUUUGGAACCCUAUAUAUCGCUGCUCUGGGCGAUCGUCCCUCUUCAAAGCACUGGGUUCUGUGUAGGGUCCAUCGCUUCAGAAGGGACCACAGCGCAAGUUUGCCUCUAAAGACUGAAAUCUUUGUAUAUAAGAAUUUAUUGAAUCAAACAUAGUGCCUGGUGCAAACCAAUGAAGCCUGUAGAUAAGAGACUCAUACACAAUGAUGCACAAAUAUAUCAACAAUGCUAGUAUCAACUGUAAGACAAAUGAAUUUGUAAAUUGAAGAGAUGUAGAUUUUAGGCUUUUCCAAUUCGAUCUAGAUUUUUCCUUUAAAUUUCUCAUUUCUACCCAUUUCUUAAUCUAAUUGAGGUGAUAUUUGAUGUUUAAAAAGCUUUUCACUGGCACAGUACUGCUUCUGAUUUGACUUUCAUGUAGCUGCAGAAUAAUCUUGUUCUGUUUAAAUAAAAGUACAAAGAUUAUGAUAUAUAUAUAUACAUACACACAUCACUGACUACUCACUGACUACACACAUUUUCCAGUCAUACAGUGCCUUAUUGCAUGCAUUAAUAAAAAUUUAAUUAUUAAUCCA